AGUUGCUCACGCUGGUCCUCACCUCGAGCCUUCGUGUUUUCUCAACGUAAGUGAUUCCCGAUCAACUCGGUCGGUUGAGCCGAAUGGCUCGGCGAAGAAGGCGUGGACUUUUUACGAAGGAGUUUCUUCGACGUAUAUGAAAGCUAUUGGGGCCGGAACUUGUCAUCCAGCGGAAUGACGCUACAGAAUAAUACAUGCUGUCGUCAUCGUCAUACGGUGCCAGUCGUCAGGCGAUCCGCGCAUGAACCCUCUCGAUGGAGUGCUCAACCGAAUGCUUCGGGCUGUAUCUCACGAAUCGCAAGGAGUUGCAGAACGGUCUCACACUGCAACAGUCAACAUCUGAAAAUAGUGAAGCGAUCUUCACCGACAGAUGCAGUAUUGUCAGUGGCCCCUUUUAGACCACGGACGGGACGUGCAGGGCUGAUAAAUCUGCAACAUCUGGGUGAUUGCCCGUCGCGAUCAUCCCGAUCGCUACGCAUAACGCCGGAGCUGGAUCUCCUUGGGAUCCACCGAUCCCUGGACCCGGAUGAUGCGAUUGAAUGGCGCCAUGGCUCAGCUCAAUUCACAUUGCGAGCACACCUAGCUGUCGAUAAUCGUGCCGGAAGCGGCGACACACGGAUCUCAACGUACGUGUAUUGCAUGGGCGGUUUAGUAAGGGUCGGUGACCGAAGGUCUCGGGCAGUGUACCCGAGUCUCUCGGACAGCACGGUGGGAUGAGAUGGUUCCAAAGGAAUGUCACUAUUUUUCACGAUGUCCGUCAACCGCUGAUCGCAGUCGAACGUCGAGAAGUUUACUUUCUACACCGAGAUCGCCCGCAGUACCCACGAGGCACCGAUA